AUGCUCAGGAAUUUCAUGCGGUUAAUUACACGGCGCAGCACCCUGUACACGGAGAUGGUGGUCGACUCCACAAUACUGCACAACACGCAUCAACUGGAAAACCACCUUGGCGGCUCAAAUCCCCAGAACGUUGCCGAGGCGGCUACUUGGGCGGAGUUGGCUGGCUACGACGAAGUUAAUCUCAAUGUUGGUUGCCCAAGCUGCCGUGUUGUUGACAAGGGCUCCUUCGGAGCAGCCCUUAUGAGGUCCCCUAAGAAGGUGCGAGACAUCGUGUACGAAAUGAAGAGACGCGUCCAGAUUCCCGUCACUGUGAAGUGUCGAUUGGGAGUUGACAACUUAGACUCCCCCGAGUUCACGAAGCAAUUUGUAGAGACUGUUUCGCAAGGCGGAUGCAAGCAUUUCAUCGUGCAUGCGAGAAAGGCAUGGCUCCAAGGGGUGGACCCGAAGAAGAACCGUUCUGUCCCGCCUCUGCUAUACCACAGGGUGUUCGAGCUGCAAGAAGCCUUCCCUGAACUCCAUUUCUCUCUAAACGGAGGCGUGACAUCGCUGGAGUUGGCUCAGCAGUUGCUGAAGGGAGAAUGGAAAGCCAGCGACACUGCCGAAGCAAAAGACCCGCAAAUUCCCGAUACCGAUGUAACAAAUGGCUCGCAGCACUCCGGCCUUUACGGGGUCAUGAUUGGCAGAGCAGCGAUGAAUGACCCUUGCUGUCUCGCACAAGCUGACAAACUAAUUUAUGGAUCUAGAGAGAACCCAGAAAGCGCACAGUGCAGACGAAGCCUUCUUCUGGCAUAUAUAGAUUACCUAGAGCGAUACGAAGCAAGGCACAGGAAACAGAAAAGUCCUUUCGUCUUGUUGAAGCCAGUUUUAGGCGUUUUGAGCGGUAUGCCAGGCCAAAGGCACUUCAGACAAGCACUUGAUACCAAAAUACGGCGUUCCUGCCCAGACGAGGUGGCCGCCGAAGUACUGCGCCAGUCCAUGGACGUCGUUGAUAGUGAAUUCCCAGGAGUCCUCGACUACCCAUUGAAACUUGGAAAAAACCCGCGAUACGAGGAAAUUAUCUCAGCUGUAAAGUGCGAGCUGUGUUCUUCCGAUACUUAG